AUGGUGACUCUAAAACUAGAGAUUUGCAUCGAGUUGGUGAAACUAACCGUAGAUUUCGUCGCCGCCGUGGCUGAAUCAAUUGAAGUAGCUUUCCGUCACCGCCCUCCGCCGGUGAUUCAAUAUACUACGGUGAUGAAUGUUCGCCGGAGUAAUUACUCCGCCGUUCCCAUUCCUCUCGUAGGGUUUCUGUAA